AUGCAGACCGACGAACUCUCGUCGUCGCAAGAAUUCAUUCGAGCUCUCAAGGCACCCAAGGACCCGCCACGCCCUGGAGGUAUAAGAAAGCUUGAUCUGGUACGACAAGCGUGGGAGCUCGAAACACUGUUUAUCCCGAGCAAGGCGGAGGUCAUUGUCGAGUGGGUCUUGCAGUAUCUAUUGUCGAGUGGGAACAUACAGGGAAGAGAAAGCGGGGUUUUGGACAAAAAAGCUUGGAAGCUACUCGCUGAUGUUUUCGCUCGCACUUGUCCCAACUCAAACCUAAACAAACUACCGACUUGGCUAAAUGGAGUCAUCAAUAGGGUAGCUGUAUUGCCCGUAUUCACUCAUCUAUUGCGCGCCCUUGGGACUGUGCCUGACUUGGACUUUGGCGGCUUGGGGGAUGUUACAUCCGUGGCACGUGUACUUAUGCCGCCCGCGGGAUUGAAAGCUAGCUGUGAUAUUGUUGCCGGAUGCUUAUGGGAAAUCCUUGGCUUGUUCGAAGCAGGGCACAACAACGAGAACCUUUUGUUGGCUAUACUUGAAUUGAGCGAUAUAGUCGUAUCGGCGUUUGAAUCAAGCUUUGCUAACUAUUCCAACAAGAAAAAGAUCGCUUCCAUAUUGGUGGAUCAGCAUCUAGAUUCUUGGAUGCGACAAACAGCUCGCCACUCUGAGAACUCGUCCAUAUCCAAGUUUCGUCACCGCCUCUUUGAGAUUGGAUCCUCCAUCAUCUUCACGCCCGAACACACACGUACGAUAUUCCAGCAUUCGGAUACCCACCCUGUUUUGUUAGCAAUUGCUUCUUCACCCCGGAUAUUUGUCACUUAUGUAUCUGCACUACGUGCGCAUAAACUUUCUGUAUUCCUGGACCAAAAUAACUCUACUGGGGGUCUUGCGAAACGGAUUCGUGCGGCUGCGAGAGAUAUUUUUGUUCGUUCGGUCGCCGAGAGAGAGUGGAGCGUGGUUGCCCAGCUAGUUCAGAGCGCCGAGGAGUUACAGGUCGUCGAUGACGAGUGGGCGACUGACCUGGGCGCGCUCGUGGAAUCAGCUGCGCAUGAAUUGAAUAACGAAUGGUCCGAGGAACAAGUUCAUAUCGGAGUACAUGUUUGUUCCACUCUGGCAUGCAUCUUGCGACUAAACUUCGACGUGGUCGAACCGUUUACCGAGAGGCUUCUUUCCGGAUUGUGCGAUGCCCCUCGGGCGGUUCUGGCCGGAGCCGGAGCGGUAUUCCAGCUCUUGUUGGAUUAUCACUCUAAAGCACGUACCCUGCCCAAUUUCUUGCCCCAGUUGGCCAGCGCUGGAUCUCGUGAGUUUUACCGGGCGACGUGUGUGGGUCCCGUGUUUGAGCCCACUUUCACUGCGAGAUUACGCCGAUCAAUCUCAGCGUUCGUCACGCCCGGUCAAAUUCUCUCCUGCACCCAGCGAGCUCUGUCCGAUUUGGCCAGCGACUUGCGAUCUGUUGUUAUCGAACGAGCCACCGAACCUCCACGGAAAAAAAGACGCACGACCUCGGGAGUGGGACCUGGGGAGCAUGAAUCCCGUGCGGUCCAUGUUGCACUUGCAUCACGUCUCAUUGUGGAUGUGUUGUCGAGUUUACCUGUGAAAACGCUCAAGGCUGAUGUAUUCGAGCAGUUGAGGAUAUGUGUGGACGAGUUUGAUGCUGGUGUCUUGUCAGAGACCGUUAGGGCGCUUGUGGAUAUGGAGCAACUUUCAUGGGAGAACCAAGUUGUGCUCGCUGCGGCUCUGCGUAUCCGGUAUGCCUUGCAUCAGAGCAGGUCUCCGGUCCAGUCGAGACAUAUACCCGAGCAUGAUGUCAUGGCUGAAGAGGCUCUAAUGCUAAACAUGAUUGAAAAUGAUUCUAUUUCGGGAGAGCUGGUCACUGAAAUUGUUCGUGUUUUGACCCAAAGCCAGCGUCCGAAAGAGCAUAUAUGCAGGGUUUGGGAUGCCGCGCUCGCUCGGGUUCAACGUGAUGCCGACAGUCAGCAAGAUUUGUCUUGGAAUGGCUCGUUAGCCCAUACGGAAAACCAUCUAUGGUUUCCAUUGUGGGUAUUGUUGCUUGAUAGGCAACUUCACAUUAUUGAAUCCAACCUGUCGGUGGAGCAACUAAAGAUUAUACUAAAUUUGUUCGUCGCCAUGAAUCGAACGGCGCAUGGUGGCAGUAGCGUCACUUCGGCCGGAUUGUUUGACAAGACUGUCACCCUGGCUCAGUUUUGGGAAAUGGCCAAUAUACGAAGGGCUCUCAAUGAGAAAAUAUUACAAGACACUAGCUCGCUUGACGAAGCCGACCUGCAUAAAGCUCUCAAGGCAAUACGCAAGGGCAAGGUAUCCAAACAAGCGGGCUCCCACGAUGUCGCUAUUUCAAUGUAUUACAUUGCCGCUCUCGCUCCGCCAGACUAUCUUGACCGAUCAGUCAAGGUAGCACUACUUUCCCGGGGCCCAUGUGCUGACGUUCUUGCGACUCGGUUGAUAGACCGGGCUGCUGUGCAAGUCGUCUUGCGCCAGCUGAGCUCGGGUAGUGCUGUCGCCCUGCCAGAGGAAUACAUCCGGUACCUCCUCGACCCCCAAUUCCAAACCAUCAAAGAACCCCCGAGUAGCCCUCAGGAUGCCGAUGACGUUCUGCUCAUCUUGACAAUGUCUUUCAGGGUAUAUUCUCGGCUCGCAAAAGACACCGGCACCCCAGAUGAUAUUGUUGCUAUUCUUCGGGCUGUUGAAAAUUCCAGUUAUUCGACUUGCCGUAUUGGGACGAUCCUAACCUGGGAUACGAAAUCUACACUUCCCGAUGAGAUCCGUGCAUGUAUGGUGAAAAUUUUACAGCAAAUCUACAACCGGGUCGAGGAAACUCAGCAGGCGGUUUCUGAUCUACUAAUUGAAGUCGCUAGAUCGCUUCAUUUAUACGAGCAGUGGCUCCAGUUAGAUGGAACACGAACUUCUCGCCGGGCUCGUCGCUUUUUACGGGCGUUGCUCGCACAAAACUCGAUUGCGAGCCAGACGCUUUUGCAACUCCUCACACAAGAAAUUCAGCAUGCCGGUGAAGAUGUUUGUUUGCUCAUCGCGGCUUUUACGCUAAACGCACAGAGCCGUGAUAUUGAUACAUCCCUGGGUGUUGAAGAUUCGUUCGGAGAUGCUUGCCGACGAAUUAGCGCAGAGCAACAUGGGAACCUCACCAACGAGGUUGUGACGUUAUUGUCAGAGCCGGAAACCAACCUUUCAUACCGGGUUGCGACCAUCCGAAUGGCGAGCUUGGCUAUACGCUUUGCUCCAGAGGGAACAUCAAAGGCCCGCCGGAAAAGUACGACUGCUGCUCUCCAUGCUCUUGCUCGACUACCGCUACUGGUGGUGUUUCAGGAAGCAUCCGCAAAAUUUGUUGCAGAAAUAUGUACCGACAGGGCCAAUGCACUCACUGCCUCCGACAUGGCCGCCAUCUGGAUUCUACUCGAUCGCGCCACUACCUCGACGGAGGAAAUCUUCCUAAGAACAUACUCGGCCAUCGUAGCUUCCCUGAAUUCCCUUGUGCGUUUCCGGCGUGACCUCCUGACCCCCACUCUAGCACAACUCGAAGCUUUACUCGCACGACUUAUUCGCAUCCUGCGACUUCGCACGUCACAUGCACUCGAUGCGCCGCAGCGUAGCGCUGAAUCUCAAGCGACUCUAUCUGAGAAAGCAACUGAGCUCGCUCGUCUACUUGUCGGGCUCUCUACCAAGACCGUUGUUCGCCUGUCUGGAAGCAACAAGCCUGAACAGGCGACCAAGGCCGAAUCACUUGCUCGCCCCUUUGCACGUCAUGCGCCUUAUUUGCUAGUAGCAUAUUCGGAAUCGGCAGCUGACAUGAGCACAGCCGUACGAAAUGCAUUGAAACCUGGACUUUUUGCCCUGUGUGUUAUGUGUGGAAUCCCGGCUCGGGAUAUGAUCAUGGUAACUAUGUUGGACACAGUUGGAAGGGAAGUGUUUGGGGCGUUAUGGAGGGAAUGGGAGGCUCAAAAAUAUACUGGAAAAGGCUAG